CAAGCUGGGUGUGAAAGCUUUGCUCUUUUAUCUCUGCAAAAGGAAUCUUCUCGCACUCGGCUCUUCCGCCUGGACCACCUCAGGAAGCCCUUGCGUUGGGUAGGAAAGCCUGCGGUGCAGAUGGGAUGCGCCUUCUCCAGCACGGGGGACGCAGCGGAUCCAGCUGUCUCUGAAGCCUGGAGGGGCUCAGCCCUGGGCCUUGAGGAGGAAGGGGCGGAUGGCAGCAGAGGGGAGGGGGAGGGAGCGUUCCCCCUCUCCCAGGCCCAGAAGGAGUGGAUUCGGGAGUCCUGGAACAUCCUCCAUAAGAACAUCGCCCGAGUGGGGAUCAUUGUCUUCAUUGGACUCUUUGAGACCCACCCCGAGUGUAAGGACGUCUUUUUCCUCUUCCGGGACGUAGACGAUCUGCAACAGCUGAAGAUGAGUAAAGAGCUUCAAGCCCAUGGGCUCAGAGUGAUGUCCUUCAUCGAGAAGAGCGUGGCUCGACUGGAUCAAGAACCCAAGCUGGAGGCUCUCGCCUUUCAGCUGGGCAAGAACCACUUCCAUUAUAAAGCUCCCCCCAACUACUACGAGUACAUUGGAAUUCAAUUCAUCCAGGCUGUUCGGCCAAUUCUCAAAGAUGAUUGGACUCUGGAGGUUGAAAAGGCCUGGCAGGGCCUCUUCAGAUACCUGGUAGCUGUGAUGCACAGGGGGUUCCAUAACGAAGGAAAGAGACUGGGGGGCAGCCCCUUUCUUCCCCCACAGACAGCUGAAAUGGAAUCCACUCCAGACCAAAUCUGAAGAGGGUGUUCUCCCUGGAAGUGGCUGGUUGAAGGAUCUCCUUGGACUUCCUGCUAGGAGCCCCUGAUGUUGGCUGAGAAAUGCCUUUUUGUGAAGUGUUUCCAUUUCUGCUUUGUGGUCCUUGCAGGGCUACAACCUUCUGGGUGUUCAGCUACAGCAGGGGUAGUCAACCUU